AUGGCCACCACACUCAAGCUGUUCUCCCUCGAGGGCAAGGGCCUCAAGCUCGACACAGCCGAGGACCUUGAGGCUCACAUCGCCGACCUGCGUGCCAACGAUGUCGAGGAGGUCAAGGUGCUUGGCAACACAUUCGGUAUCGGUGCUUGCAAGCUUCUUGGUGAAGUUUUGGCCGAGAAGAAGAACCUCCAGUCCGCCGACCUGUCCGACAUGUUCACGGGACGCCUCCUGAGCGAUAUUCCUGAAGCCCUGUCGUCCCUCCUGACAUCAUCACGAACCUCCCCUACCGGCGCACCAUCGACCUUUUGA